UGUCGUUAUAGCUUCCGGCGGAUUUCGACCCUGACAAUCAUGGAGGCCUCCCGUGUCUCGGCGAGGCUCGACCGAAAGACCGUCGAGAAGAACAGACGGAUCCACAUGAAAGCUCUCUGCGCCAAGCUCGUCUCCCUCCUCCCCGCGUCCGCCUCACAGGAGAGUGUGGCGGCGACGCUGCCGAACCAACUGGAUGAAGCGAUCAACUACAUAAAGGCGAUGCAAGAGACGCUCGAGAGGAUGAAGAAGCGGAAGAAGCUGUUGAUGUGGUGCGCCGGCAUAGGAAAAGAUGAGGAGAAUACAUGCUUAAGGGUGCCCAAGAUGGAGGUGCAGGAUUUGAACUCCGGGUUGAGGGUGAUUGCGAUAAGCAGCACAUGUGAUCAUCGACUCAAGUUCAGCGAGGCUGUUCGAAUUGUGGAAGAAGCAGAAGGAAACGAGAUUAUCACUGCUAGCUACGCUGUGGUCGGCGACGCAGCCUUCCACACCAUUGAAUCCAUGGCAACUGGCAAUGGAAUUGGAGAAGCCGACAAGGUGUUAGAGAGCCUAAAGAAUGCAUUCCGAGCUAAGCUUAUCCGAUGGGUGAUGUGAAAGCUGAAGCUUCUUCUCCACAUGAUAACUAUAGUGAAAGGGGUCGCAAGCUUGUCGUUUGUCUUCCUUCUUCUCUUUCAGUCUUAGAUACAUUACAUAUGUGGCAUCAGCAAAAGUACUUUGUAUGAUCGGUAUACGAAAAAUAAAUAUUAUGCAACAUUAGAUUCGCAUGAAGGAGAAGGUAAUUGCAGAGACAGUGAAAUAUCAAACCGAGAGGCAAUGGAAUUUGCUCCAUUGCCAUAUCUCGAGAGUCAA